CUUAGUUACUGUAUGUAUUCAGCCAGAUCUUAUGGAUAGACAAAUCUUCACAACUGUCAGUAACGUCAAUUCAAAUGUCAAUGUCAACAAUACUCUUUUUCUUGUAUGAUGGAAAGCCAAAAUGGGCACCGUUUUAUUCGUGAAAUACAGUAGAAAAUGUGCAGUUUGAGCUAUAUAUGGACAAUGAAAUCGCCCCCGAGCCCGCUCCAGUGACUGUCGCGUCGUCCCCCGACGAAUUUUAAUGGAUAUUUUGCUCACCGGUUGAUGCUGAUAACAUGGACGGUCAGAGGGCGUUGGAAUUGGAGCCCCUCUUGCAGGAGAAGCUGGUCGUUUUGACGGGCGGCCGGGACCGAAGAGGCGGGCCGGUGUUGUCCUUCCCCGCCAACCCCCGCAGGGAACGAGCCAAGCCCGAGGAUUACAAGAAAGUCGUCCAGUAUCUCAUGUCGAUACCCAGCGAGGAGGCGAGGAAAUUGGGCUUCACCGUGGUGGUGGACAUGCGAGGCUCCACUUGGUCCACGGUGAAGCCCAUCCUGAAGGCGUUGCACGAACAUUUCCCGCCCGGCGUCGUCCAUCAGGCGCUCAUCGUCAAAUCGGACAAUUUCUGGCAGAAGCAGAGGACUUCGCUCGGCUCGCACAAAUACAAAUUCGAGACGAACAUGAUAAGCGUCGAGGCGCUGCCCAAGAUCAUCGACGUCGGUCAAUUGACCGCCGAUUUGGACGGGACGCUGCCGUACGAUCACAACCAUUGGUUGGAGCUCAGAUUGGCCGUGGAGGAUUUCGCCUGGCAGGCGGCCGAUCUUCUCGAUAGAUUGGACGAUUUACAAGAGGAUUUGGUGCGGAACGAUUUCGCCGACGACGUGAGCGGCGCCAAACACAAGAUAGACCUCCACAACGAAAUGAAGAAGAAGAUAAUGAAAGCCCCCAUAGACGAAAUAGAUUUAUUAGGCCAGCGAUUGUUGCAGAAGUCCUGCGCCCCGCCCGAUACGGGCCAAGGGUGCGACGGAGGCGGCGGCGGCGGCGGCGCCGACGAAACGGAGGCGGAGCCGCGAGGCGCCAACAAAGAACUGGCGGGCACCAAGAAUUUGGUGUUGCAAAACCUGGAGGCCGUCCAUUCGUCGAGGCACAAUCUGCUGCAGCUGUGGCACCAGAAGAAGCUCAAAUUGGACCAGUGCUUCCAGCUGAGGCUGUUCGAGCAGGACUGCGACAAGAUGUUCGAGUGGAUACGCCACAACAAGGACGUGUUCCUGUUGAACUACGUGGAAAUCGGCAGGGCCUAUCAGAUGGCGAAGCAACUGCAGGAGGACCAUCAGCGGUUCAAGUGCGGCUCCACCAACGUCUACGUCAACGUCAACAGGAUCCUGUCGGUGGCCGGCAGGCUGAUCGAAGGCGGCCACUACGCCGCCGCUCACAUCAGAUCGGUGGCGGCGCGCUUGGACAGAGCUUGGAAGGAUUUCGCCGCCGGAUUGGACGAAAGGACGGCCGUGCUGGCGUUGUCGGUGAUUUUCCAUCACAAGGCGGAGCAGUACGUGGAGAACGUGCCCAAUUGGGUGGCCGCCUUGGAGGCGGGUACCAUACCCGGUGAAAUCGUCACGUUGGAGUCUUCGAUCAGGCAACACCAGAAUUUGUACGAAUCGAUGUGUCAGGCCUAUACGGAGGUACAUAACACGAGUAAGAAACUCCUUUAUCAGUUAGAUCAUUUGGUACAUGUCUGCAAUCAAUCUACGAAGGACAAAAAACAUGCGGAAAACGCUUCGUUCGAUGGGGCCCGGACGGGCGGCAACGAUCCGGCGGCGGAUUACAGCGAAGGGGCGGGCCACGUGCUCGCCGUCAUCCAUCAGAUAUUGAACCAUCACAGGGCGCUCGAGCAAAAGUGGCACGCGAAAAAGAUCAAAUUGCACCAGCGGCUGGCGCUGAGGCUCUUCCAGGAGGACGUCAAACAGGUGCUCGACUGGCUGGCGAACCACGGCGAGGUGUUCAUCAGGAAGAACACCGGCAUCGGUAGGAACCUGCAAAAGGCCCGCGUCUACCAGAAGAGCCACGAGCAUUUCGAAAACGUCGCUCAGAACACCUACACGAACGCCGACAAAUUGCUGGCGGCCGCCGAAGAGCUGGCCCACACCGGCGAAUGCGAUCCGCAGGAGAUCUACUCGGUGGCGCGCGAGCUCGAAGAUCACGUGGCCUCGUUCGCGGCGCGCGUCGAACAGCGCAGGCGCCGCCUCGAAUUGGCCGUCAUGUUCUACACGAGAGAAAAGGACCUGGCCAAUUGGGUCGACGAGCUCCAACAGGAGUUGCAGAAUGACGAGAGCGUGGCGGACGGUCUGGAGGCGGCCGAGCGGCUGCUCGAGCAAACCGCGCAGCACCGCGAACAGAGUCUAGACGCUUGCGCGUCGACGAUCGCGCAGGGCGAGGCGCUGUUGCAGGAGAUCCGGUCGACGGGCGACGGCGACGCCACCGGCAGCGUGACGGCCGUCGAGGCGGCGCUCGAUCGGCUCGCGAAGCGUCGCGACGACCUCGAGGAGCUGUGGUCGACGAGGAAACGCCGCCUGGAUCUCGGCCUGAGGUUGCGGCUGUUCGAACGCGACGCGCUCGAGGCGGCGUCGCGCUUGGAAAUGUGGUCGGAGGAGAUGCGACGGACGGACGGCGGCGGCGGAGGCGGCGCGACGUCGACGGGCGCCGAUCCGGCCGAGGGGGAGCGUUUUUUGCGCGCGCACGACGACGCCUUCGCCCAAAUGCGCAGCGCCACCUAUCAGGCGUUGCAGCGCGGCGGCGAGCUGGCGAUGGCGCUGGAAGGCGCCGCCGGUUUGAGGGUGAUGGCGGACGCGCAGUACGACGCCCGGACCCGGGUUCAAGUGCUGUUGGAGUUCCUGCACGACGGCCAGAUGGACCUCGAAGAGCUGGCCGAAUUGAAGCGCUUGAAGCUCGAGCAAUCGGUGCAGCUGUGCCAGUACCGCAACGACGCCAACCAGGUGAUCUGUUGGAUCAGAAACGGCGAAUCGAUGUUGAUGGCGAGCUUCGCCGUGCCGGACACGCUGGCCGACGCCGAGCUGCUCAAGAAGGAGCACGAACAGUUCCAGGUGGCCAUCGAAAAGACCCAUACGUCAGCCGUUCAAGUGAAGCACAGGGCCGAUACGUUGAUAAACGGCAACCAUUACGAUCCGCAAACCAUCAAAGAUGUAUCCGAGGAGGUGACCAAGAGAUGGCAGCAGCUGGUGACGUGCGCCGAAGAACGACACAAAUUGGUGACGGCCAGUUUGAAUUUCUACAAGACCGCCGAACAGGUGUGCUCGGUGCUGGACAGCCUGGAGCGCGAGUACCGUCGCGACGAGGACUGGUGUUCAGCGGGAGGAGCGUCGGGCGCCGCCUCCGCCAAAUCCGGCGAGACCGUCGACAAAUCGGCCGCCAUAGCGCAGCUGAUCGCCAAGCACCAGGAGCAGAAGGAGGCGUUCCUGAAGGCGUGCACGCUGGCCCGCCGCACGGCCGAUACGUUUCUCAAAUACGCGACGAGGAGUUUGCAGUUCUACGGGUACGGCCGGUCGGCGGGCGAGCACCAGGAGGCGCGCGUCAAGGGCAUUUUGGAGCGGUUGCUCGGCCAGGAGAACGGCGUGUUGGAGUGCUGGACGCAGCGGAAGAAGAGAUUGGAUCAGUGCCAGCAGUUCGUUUUGUUCGAGAGAUCGGCCGGACAGGCCAUCGAAUGGAUAAGAGAGAAAGGCGAAAGUUAUCUGACGACGAAGGCCUCGAAAGUGGGCGACAACGUCGACGAGACGACCUGCCUGCUGCGCGAACACAACGAAUUCAAAGUCACCGUGAAGGAGACCAAAGAGCGCGUCAAGUUGCUGAUACAAUUGGCCGACAGCCUGGUGGAACAAGGCCACGCGCACGCCUCGGACAUCAAGCAAUGGGUGGCCGCCGUCGAUAACAGGUACAAGGAUUUCAGUUGCCGUAUGGAGAGCUACAGGCAACAAUUGGAGGCGACGUUGGGUAUAAGAGAGGGCGAGGAGGAGCCCGGCGAUGGCGGCGACAAGAAGGAAUCGAUCGAUCGAAAUUCCGAUCCUAAUUUAGAAACGAAAGUCAAGGAAGCGGCCGUUAAAGAGCUCAAAGAACUGAACGAGGAGAAACGACGAUCGGCGAGACGGAAGGAAUUUAUAAUGGCGGAGCUGUUGCAAACGGAGCGCGCCUACGUCAACGAUUUGCGCACGUGCAUCACGCACUACCUGCACGACGUGCGCACCAGCGCCUCGGUACCGGCCCCGAUCCAAGCCAAUCACCGGGUGAUCUUCGGCAACAUGGAGGCCAUCCAUCGCUUCCACGAUUCGGUGUUCUUGAAGGAAUUGGAGAAGUACGAAACGAUGCCCGAGGACGUCGGCCACUGUUUCGUGACGUGGGCGCGCGAAUUCGACGCCUACGUGACCUACUGUCGCAACAAGCCGGACAGCGCCGACGUGCUGGUGCAGCACGGCGAGCGCUACUUCGAAGAGGUGCGCAGAAAGUACCAAGUCGAACAUCCGAUCGACGCCUAUCUGAUCAAGCCGGUGCAACGGAUCACCAAGUACCAGUUGCUGUUGAAAGACCUGCUCGGCUGCUGCGACGAGGGACGCGGCGAGAUCAAGGACGGCUUGGAGGUGAUGUUGAACGUGCCGAAGAAGGCGAACGACGCGUUGCAUCUGUCGCUGUUGGACGGUUGCGACGCGUCGCACGAGGAAUUGGGCGAGGUGGUGCUGCAGGACGCGUUCACCGUGUUGGAUCCGAAGCAGAUCAUCAGGAAGGGUCGCGACCGGCACAUAUUCCUGUUCGAAAUGUAUUUGUUGUUUAGCAAAGAGGUGAAAGACUCGGCCGGGAAGGUCAAGUACAUCUAUAAAAACAAAUUGAUGACGUCGGAAUUGGGCGUGACGGAGCACAUGGAGGGCGACGAAUGCAAAUUCGCCGUGUGGACGGGCAGAGCGCCGAGCUCCGAUUGCCGGAUCGUCCUGCGGGCGCCGUCCUUGGAAACGAAACAGCUGUGGGUGAAGAAGCUGCGCGAGGUCAUCCAGGAGACGUACUUCAGCGGCUCCUUCUAUCCGCUGUCGUUGCCCAAGAGUCCUGCCAAGGUCAAACCGCUGAGCCAGCGAUCGAGCCGGGACAUGGAGGAGAGUAACAAUUCACUCGACGAAGGCGUUGAAAAUUUGGAUCGAAAUUCGUUGACUUCGUUCGGUUCGAGCAACACCACGGAUUCGUCUGAUAAGGCGGGCGUGGUGGAGAUGACGUGGGUGAUGAGCGACUACGCGGCCGUCGACGUCCAGGAGCUGUCGGUGGCGAAGGGGCAGCAGGUGGAGGUGGUGGAGACGUGCCCGACGCGGCCCGACUAUUGCCUGGUGCGUCUCGGCGCCGGCGCCGCCGCCGUCGAAGGUCUCGUGCCGCUGGCGGUGCUCAAACAGCCGCCGGCCGGCCAUCAACAGGCGGCGGCGGCGGCGGCCGCCAGGAAGGGCUCGCCGUCGCGCAGGACCGACCAGGAUAUCGAUGCAACAAUUUCGAAUGACGGUACGUCCGCGAUAAAUACUUCAUCGCCGGUGAAUAAAAGAAGAGGAUUCAGUGGAAGAAAAUGGUUGCCGCCUCCGCUGCGGAAGCUGUCGCAAGGUAAAGGCGAUAAGACGUCCGCGCCGCCUCCGAUCGCCAGCGUCGGCUCGCCCCUCAAGAAAACCGGCUCCGAUAAGAGGAUAAAGGCUCCAUCGGAAAUGGGUAACAAACCAUCGGCGUCGGAGGGCGAAGAAGAGGAAGAACGCGCGGCGACGGCGUCGGCGUCGCCGCUGACGGCGUCGUCGCCGCCCCCGCGUGACGGCAGACAGCCGGCCGACAUGGCGAACGGCGGCGUCGGCGUCGCCGAAGACGUCGACGAGGAAUUGGAAUUGCCGCCGCCGAUGAAGCCCAUCCAGGAGCCCAUAUUGGCGACGGCGUCGCCGCCCCCGCCCGCUCCCGGUCUGCCCGACAUCGAGGAUAAUCCGUGCAAAAGGGUGUCUAGCUUAACGUUAAAACCACUAGAGGGAGCCACGUCGGCCGAUUUGGCCGAGAUCGAGCAAAUCGUAAAGGAGAGAAUGGAGCAACACUCCGAGCACCACUUCCUCGGCGAGUACUCGCAGCAAUCGGACAAGACGUACGCGACGCGCCGCCACCGUCCCGACGCCGAUUCGACCGACGGCGACGCCGCCGCAGCCGCCGAGAAGCGCCAAUCGGAGGACGCGGCCGGCGGCGUCGAGGAGGCGCUCAGGAAGCGCGAGUACGUGCUGCGCGAGCUCGUCGACACCGAAGAAGCUUACGUCAGAGACCUGGCGAUGAUCGUCGACGGUUACAUCGCGGCGAUGCGCGAUCCCGACUUCGGCGUCGCGAUGCCCGACGAUCUCAAGGACGGCAAGGACAAGAUGGUGUUCGGCAACAUCGAGGUCAUCUACGAUUGGCACAAGGAUUUCUUCCUGAAAUCGCUGGAGCGCGCCGUCGAGAACCCCAUCGACCUGGCCACGUUGUUCAAACGCUACGAGCGCAAGCUCCAAAUGUACGUCAUCUACUGCAAGAACAAGCACGUGUCGGAGUACAUCGUCUCCGAACAUUUGGACACCUAUUUCGAGGAGUUGCGCGUCAAAUUGGGCCACAAGUUGCAGCUGUGCGAUCUGCUGAUCAAGCCGGUGCAGCGCAUCAUGAAGUACCAGCUGAUGCUCAAAGACGUGCUCAAGUACACGGAGAGGGCGGGCGUCGAGGCGGAGAUCGAACCGUUGCGCGCCGCCUACAACAUCAUGGUGGUGGUGCCGAAGACCGCCAACGAUAUGAUGGACGUGGGACGGUUGCAGGGAUUCGAGGGCAAAAUAACGGCUCAGGGAAAUCUUCUAAUGCACGGCAUGUUGAUUUGCUCGGACCUGCCCGGUCAGAAUCCCCCGUUGUUGGGCAAAAACAAGGAAUUGCACGUGUUCUUCUUCGAACAGACGAUCAUAUUCUCCGAGGUGGUCGGAAAGAAAACCCAAUUCACCAGUCCCCAAUACAUUUACAAGGCUCACCUUCAAGUAAGCGAUCCAUUCCGAAACGCCAAUCAAUCGGUCUUUGUCGGGUCUCUGUCGGUAACCACCAAUGUGAACAAGAUGUCGUUGGAAACGAAAGAGAACGGCUUCGUAUUGAAAUCGACGGAUCCGAACAGCAAUUCGGGCUUCGCCUGUCAAGCGGGCAGCGUCGAAUUGCAGGAGCAAUGGCUGGUCAACGUGCGGGACACGUUGCAAAAGCAACGCGACUUCCUCAAGGCCAUCCAGAGCCCCAUCGCCUACCAGAAGGAGUUGACCACCAAGGAGGCCACCCCGUUCGACUACGGCGCCGCCACCGCCAAGCGAUCGGCCUCCAAGCCGGCCAAGAACGCCGCCGCCGACGACGAUCACAAGAACAACAACAGCAACAACAACAACAACCACCCCCGGUCGCGGUUGAACUUCUUCGAGGGCUUCCGGAACACGUUGCGCAACAAGCACAAGAGCGAUUCGGGCGCGCUCGACGCCGCCGCCGCCGCCUCCGCCGGCGCCAGGAAGGGCGCCAAGGGGGCGGCGAGAGGGGACGCGCACAGGAGGUGGUCGGAGGCGAAUCGGUCGACGAUAUUCCGCUCCAACCGGCCCGCUCCCGAAGAAUUCUGGUCGUUCCGCAACAAACACCCCAAGAACCCCGACAAUUCGACAGACCCUACACUUGUCCGACAGGACUUGCCAGUUAUACGAAACAGGCCCCUGUAUCUAACACCGUCAUGUUUCUCACCAAUUACAGACGAAUGCGACGAGAUCGACGCCGACGCCGACGCCGAUCGCGUCCAAAUCGCGACCAAAUCGUACGCGCCCGCGCCCGAACCCAAAAUCCUCAUCGUCUCCUGUUCGAGCGUCUCGCUCGAAUGGCACAGCCCGCACUAUCGACGCUUCUUCGUCGAACACUGCAAACUGGGCACCGGCGAGUGGGCGCCCGCCGGCCCGGGCGCCGGGCCCGUCGACGGCUCGUCGACCGUCGUCGACGGGCUCGUGGCCGGCGAGACGUACAGCUUUCGAUUGGUGUCGGCCACCAACAACGUCGUCAGCCUGCCGAGCGUCGCCGUCACGCUGCCGGUCGCAGAGAACACCGUCUGGCAACAGGAACAGUUCAAACAGAGGUACAUGGAAAUGGAGGAAUUGGACCGAGGCAGGUUCUCGGUGGUGCGGUUGGCCCGAGACCGCGGCACCGGCGAAGAGGUGGCCUUGAAACAGGUGAAUCGCCGGAAGCAAUCGUCGAGCGUGACUCGGGCCGAAUACUCCCUGCUGGCUUCGAUGCAACAUUCCAACGUCAUCAAAUCGCUGGCGUUGUUCGACAACGCCCCGACGCCGGGCGUCGAUACCAUCGUAUUGGAAUUAGUCAGAGGCCCGUUGUUGUUCGCCUACAUCAGCGAAAAGGAGACCUACAGCGAAUCGGACGUUAGAAACUACACCUAUCAACUUCUGUCCGCCUUGCAGUGGUUGCACCAGAGGAAUAUCGCCCAUUUGGACAUUAAGCCGGAGAACGUGAUGGUGGACGCCUCGUCGCCGACGCCGCUGCUGAAGCUGAUCGACUUCGGCGACGCCGUCAACACGUCGGCCACGGUGGUGUUGCCGCCGGCGUGCCUGGAAUUCGCGGCGCCCGAGCUGGUGCUGGGCCGGCCGGUGGGCGCGCACACCGAUUGCUGGGCGACGGGCGUGCUGGCGUACGUGCUGCUCAGCGGCGUGUCGCCCUUCCUCGACGACAGCCUCGAAGAGACCACCGCCAACAUACUGAAGGGCGACUACUGUUUUCCCGACGAGUACUUCGGCGCGGUGUCGGAGGAGGCGCGGUCGCUGGUGAGGGGGCUGUUGGUGUUGGCGCCGCGCGAUAGGGCCGAUGCGGGGCGGUGCGCGCGCUGCGAUUGGUUCGCUAAAGAGUCGGUUAAUUCGACGUCUAUACCGUCGGGACGGUUGAGGACGUUUAUGCGAAGGAGGCGGCCGAUGAACUGCAAUCUGACGACGACUGGUUAUCACAAACAAGACUUUCCUUAGAGGAAGACGCGAGGAAUUUGUUAUUGACGUUGAGUGUAGUUAAUUCGGUGUUUUUUUUUUGAAUUUUUGUAAAUUCUCGACCAAAUUGUAUAAAUAAAUCUAAGCGUAGAUUGUAUUAACUAUUUCGACUUGUUACUCGUAUAAUUUAUAACUAUAUUUUAAUAAUGUAAUUAUUUUAUUAAAAAUAUAAAAAAUU